AUGGGCGACACCAUCCCUGGAAGGGCCCUUGGUGAAUUGCCACCCCCUCCCCUGGAAGGGCCCGUGGGGACGCCACCGCCUCUGGGAAGAGGCCCCUGUGAGAUUACAGCUUCCCAGGCAGGACCACCGAGGGGUACCACUGGCCCUGGGAGGCCCCUGUGGUCGCCGCUGUCCCGCAAGGCCGGGAUUGUGGACACCAGAGCCCCUAUCAGAGCCCCUGGGGACGCUACUGCCUCUGGGAUGGUACCUGGAAGAGUGCCACCUCUGGCGGGGCCCCAGAGGGCGUCCUGGGAGGGGGCUCCCUGUGGGCUUCCCACUACCCCUGGGAGGGGUCCAAUUGGGCGCCGUCGUCCCUGUGAAGGACCCUUGGGGCUCCAUCGCCCUGACAGGGACUUUGGUGGGCGUACCACCUCUGACAGAACCCUGAAACGUCCCUGUUUCUGGGAGGGCCCCUGGGGGCACCAUCACUCGAACUGUGCCCAUGGUAUCUCUCGGUGGGCGCCACCGCCCCUCGGAGGGCUCCUGGAGACGAUACCGCCCCUGGCAGAGCCCUUGGGAGCACCGCUAUUCCUGGGAGGCUCAUAG